AUGUCGACCACCGCUGCACCUGAAGUAACCCCAAAGACCAAGUUCCUACAGCAACCAAGCAUCUACAAACACGAUGUUGAACAACUAUCUGCGGAUGGUUCGAACUUCGAUAAAUGGAAACGGGGACUCACCCGCGUCAUACUUCUCACUCUGGGACAUGCAAAUUUUUUCAACAAAGCCGAGAACUACGCGAAACUCACGGCCCAGGAAAACACCUGUCUUCUCUUUCUCAUUCAAAUCACGAUCCAUGACGAGUUGGCCUCUCUGGUCGAUCAAUACACCAAGGGCACAGAGGCUUACGACGCUGUCCAAACCAACUUCCAGGGAACGGUCAGAUUUAGACAGAUGGAACUUAUCGAUAAAUUGCUUGAACUCCGCAUAUCGGGCCCAACGACCGAGCCAUCACAAGUACCGGGAUUAUUUAAUAAGGUAUUCGAGAUCUUUGCAGGCCUACAUAAAGUGGGAGCUGGCCUGCCCACGGUCGUUGAAAGCCUCAUCCUCCAAGCCAUAUCUCCGACCCCCACAUCUAUGUCCCGGUCUCAACUUUUCCAGAACAUUUCCCUUCAACUCGGUUCCAAGAAAGACGUCUCCGCUCGUGAUAUCCAAACUAAAGAUGUCAUCAGGUACCCGUUUCCGGGUACCCGCAAACGGGUGCCAGGUGCGGGUGCGGGUGUCCAAUUUCAAUGGGUAAAAGCCAGCGGGUACCCGGAGCAAGUACUUGCCAACACCCGCGGAUUUGAGAGGGUCCAGAUCUGCAUGUUUAUAGUUACAUACAAGCAUAUUAUUAUCCAUAAUACUAUUCUUAUAAGCAUAUGUAUCCCUGUCACUGGAGAUAUCAUAUCCAUCACAGCCAAUCCCCUCACCGGUCUGCUUUGGGAGGGAUUAUGUUUCCCUUAA